CUCCCCGCGCUUGCUUCCCGCGAAAUCCCCAUCGGCAUCCAUCCCCCCAAACCAUCGAUUUCCCUCCGUCCUCUACUCUCAUCUUCCCAAUCCCCCUCGGGCGGAGGAAUUCCUUCCCGAUUCGCGCCGGAUCUAAUCCGACCGGGGACCCCGAAACCUAGCAGCACCCGGUCACCGACCUCGCGAUGGCGCCGCUGUCGUGGCGGCACCACACCCUGCUGCAGGCGCUGCUCACCCGCGGGCCCCUCUCCGAGCGCGACUUCCACGCCGUCUUCGCCGCCGUCUCCGGCAAGAACCCCGGUAAGCCACCUGCUCAGCUCCUCUCCUCCCUUUAUGCGUCGUAUAUAAAGUGCUCGACGAAAUGCUCCUGCGCCAUGCCCGCUUGGGCCGCCGCGCCGGCUCCACCUGCACGGGAGGGCUGGAGGUUCGAGCACCCUGAGUGGGGUCAAAAGGGUAGCCUGGGGUGGGGGUGGGGUAAAAGAGUCGUGGACAUGGGAUGGGGGGCCGGCCUUUGUUACUGCUCAACAGGGGGGAUGCAGAGGCAAGCAGCAGCUUACAGUGCAAGCCACUCCGCCGCCCCCUUCUCCUUCCAGAGUACGCAACGCAACGGCCAACCCAUCCUUCACUGCAUAUAUCUGCUAGUGCUGGGCUAUCUUCCAAGCGAGAGGGAGCAGCCGGAGCAUGGCGCCCUUGCCUUGGCGCCAGCGCCAUCACACCCUGCUGCAGGCUCUCCUCUCCCGCGGCCCCCUUGCCGAGCCCGACUUCCACGCAGUCUUCGCUGCUGUCUCUGACAGGGACCCUGCAACUCAUCAACAACUGUUCAAUGAUACACUUCUCAAGAUCAACAAGGAACUCGCAUUUCUGCAGUUUGAGUUGCGAGCAUGCAUAAACCAGUAUGAUGGAAUGGUGUACUACGGAGUGGCUAAUAGCAUUGCUGACGAAGAAUCAAAGCUUGGGACAAAGUAUUCUGUGCCCCAGAUUGCAUUCUACAAGGGACUGUUAGAAGCAAUUGUUCAGGAAGCUGGAAAUGAUGGGAGCAUAACCAGUAUUGACGCUCUCAAUGUCCGGCUGGACAACCAGGUCAUAAUUGUAGGCGGUUCACAGGACAGCCAAUCUCUUCUUCCUACUUCCAUAAAGAACUUCUCACUUAGCCAGAAAGAGAAAACCCUGGAUGAGCUGAUACGGGAUCGUUGGUUGUCAUACACCUCCACAGGCAAGAUUGGUCUGGGCACCAGAUCAUUUCUUGAUCUCCGAAGCUGGUUCUGUGGUAAUGACAUCCCAUCAUGUGUGGUCUGUAACGAAGCUUGUAUAAAGGCAUCAAGUUGUCCCAAUGAGGAAUGCAAUGUAAGAAUUCACGAGUACUGUCUGAGGAAGAAAUUUUCACAGCGAAAGGCUUCAAGAGCUUGUCCCGGUUGCAGUACUGAAUGGCCCCGCCAGGAUGGUGAAGCCAAUUGCGAUGAUGAUGUGAAUGAGCCUGGUGAGGAUGAAGCCCCUUCAGCUAACCAUUCAUCAAGGAAGAGGCGCAAGCAAGUCAAAGCCGAGCUGGUGGAAGAAAAUAACAACGCAGGCCCAUCAACAGCAGUGCCUAGGAGUAGGACCCUUCGACGUGCUAAAGCUGAAGCGGUUGAGGCUGCUCAAGAGGCGUCUUCUGCAGGAGCUUCGCAGGCAACCAGGACUUCGAAAAGAAGGAAGAAGUGAUGCUGCUGUCUAAUGAAUGAUAGGUAGUGAGAUUGGCAGGCUCUCUCUUAUGUCUGUACAUAUGGAAGCUGGUGUGUAAUGGUAGUAGAUAAGAUGGCUAUUUUGAAGCGGCAAUGCUGCAGCUUCUAAUGCUGGCAGGCCUUAAGAUGAUGGUGUUAGAAACUCCUAGAGAUUAUUUAUCUGACAGUUUAUCAAUCUAGCUGGACGGGUACACUUUAUUGGUUUGGAAGCGGAGAACCUAUCUGAGCACUGAAGCAUGUUGAAGUCGGUUUCAAGCAUGUUAUUUUGAUAU